GGAAAGGGGAAGCGAAUAGAUAUAUAAAGUGACCGAUAAUAAAAAUAAGCAUAUAACGAUAAAUUAAAAUCAGGUAAGAUGCAGCCUCAAGCUCCCCCUAUGACCUCUUUUGAGGAGAACAUUACCCGCGCCUAUCAAUUUCUAACCGAGGCGCGCCUGCAGUCGGCGUUAAUGUUCAAUAGCACCAACUUCUGCAUGGAGCGAUGCCUCGAUACGGAGGAGUUGUACACGCUGCGGCGGACGACACAGGCUCCUAUUCGAUACCGGCUUCAGAAAGACUUAGAGGAAAAGCAGUGUGUGCAGAACUGCUCCGCAAAGUGGGAUGUGAUCCUCCGCACGGUAAUAAUGGAGGCAAAUGAGCGGGAAGUUCGAGAGGUGCAGGCGGACGCGAUGGCAAGGAUGCUUCGUGCGAUGCAGAAUCAACAACAGUAA